AUGGCGGGAGUGAGCCAAACCGUUAUUAGUGUCGUCCCUGAUGAUGAAGGGAAAGAAAAGUUCAAGAACAGUAGCCAUGUCGCUUUCUACAGGCGACAGAUGCAGGGUCCGAACCUGCAGCACCGAGCCCUGUUGGACACCAUGGUGCUCACAGAGAAAGGGGCUCGUUUUGAACUGUUGGAGCCCGACACUCAGACCAGACUUCUUCUCUCUGUGUCUCCUUGCAAAAACGACUCUGUAAGGAUUCUGAUAGAUGAACUCCAGCCCGUUAAAGCCCGCUACCGAGUUCCAGAUGUGAUAACCGGGGAACCGCAGUGUGAACGGUUGAGAGUGGAGACACGUACUCAGGACUCUGUCACCCUCUCUUGGUGUUCAGGACGUCAUCAGGUCCGUGUGUGGCAUUUUCCCUUCCGCGUGGAGAUCCUGUGCGAAGAUGAAGCGAUGGUUACAUUCAACCCUAAAGGCCAGCUGUGGUUUGAGACGCUGCGGGACCCACCCAGGUGAGGGGCGCAGGGACGGGUUGACCCCCCGAGUUUAUUGUGGAAAGAGACGUUCAGGAACUUUGUGGAUAUCAAAGCUAACGGUCCCAGCAGCGUCGGGGCGGACGUCCGUCUUCACGGGUUCAGUCAUGUGUUCGGUCUUCCAGAACACGCCGACGGCCUGCAGCUCAGAGACACCAGAGAUGGGGAACCUUACCGGCUGUAUAACCUGGACGUCUUUGCCUACGACGUGUACUGUCGCCGCGGCCUGUAUGGCUCCGUGCCUCUCGUGGUGGCUCACAAACUCGACAGGACUCUGGGUGUGUUUUGGCUGAACGCAUCAGAGACUUUUGUGAACGUACAUUACGGUCCCACUGACCCCCAGGGCGACCAAUCACCCCCAGCAAAGAGGAGGCAGAUGCAGCCUCAGACUGACGUCCACUGGCUGUCGGAGAGUGGCGUGAUUGACUGUGUGGUUCUGCUCGGGCCCGGUCCACAGCAGCUCUUCAGCCAGUACGCUCAGCUGACAGGUGAGUCUGCGGCUCUGCAUGUGUCUACUUGUAUUUAUUUGUAUGUAGUUGCCCCCCUCCCUCUGUCAGGAUAUCAAGCCCUGCCCCCCCUGUUUGCCCUCGGGUACCACCAGUGCCGCUGGAACUACCGCAAUGAAGCCGAUGUGAAGGCCGUGGACGCUGGAUUUGAUCACCACGACAUCCCGUACGAUGUCAUCUGGCUGGACAUUGAGCACACGGACGGGAAGCGUUAUUUCACAUGGGACCCCGUUCUAUUUCCCGACCCGGCCGGCCUGCAGCGCCACCUGGAGAAGAAGAAAAGGAAGCUGGUCGUUAUAAGUGAUCCCCACAUCAAAGCUGAUCCUGAUUGGUCGCUGUACCGUGAAGCCAGGGAUGGGGGACAUUUCGUCAGGAACAGAGAGGGACAGCUCUACCAGGGCUCUUGCUGGCCCGGUGAAUCCUGUUACCUCGAUUUCAGCAGCCCAGCCACUCGAGCGUGGUACUCCAGGUGCUUCAGCCUGGAUAAAUACAAAGGAUCCACGCCGUCGUUAUUUGUGUGGAACGAUAUGAACGAACCGUCUGUCUUCGACGGGCCGGAGCAGACGAUGCCCAAGGACGCAGUGCAUUAUGGGGGCUGGGAACACAGGGAACUGCACAACCUGUACGGCUUUUACCAGCACAUGGCCACAGUGGAGGGUCUGGUAACUCGCUCGGGCGGCUCAGAGAGACCCUUCGUCCUGUCGCGCUCCUUCUUUGCUGGGUCACAGAGACUUGGAGCGAUAUGGACGGGGGACAACGUCGCCAGCUGGGAGUAUCUGAAGAUCUCGAUUCCAAUGCUUUUGUCUCUCAGUGUGGCGGGCGUGGUGUUCUGUGGAGCCGAUGUCGGUGGGUUUAUUAAGGAUCCGGAUCCAGAGCUGCUGGUGCGCUGGUACCAGGCGGCCGCCCUGCAGCCGUUCUUCCGCGGCCACUCCGCAAAUGUGACGAAGCGCCGGGAGCCGUGGCUGUUUGGAGAGGAGGUCACCGCUGCGAUCCGCGCCGUAAUCCAACAGAGGUACUGUCUGCUGCCCUACUGGUACACUCUGUUCCACCAGGCCCACACCUCUGGUCUGCCUCCCCUCAGACCUCUGUGGGCGGAGUUCCCGAGAGAGCAGAGCACCUUCGCUGUGGACGACCAGUAUAUGAUCGGUGAUAAAAACGCCCCUUUAAUUUUGAUUAUUACACACAGCAUUCCCUUUAAUCCUCACACCUGGGAGUUGAACUGUGUUUGGUUUCCUGCAGGAGGAGCGCUGCUGGCCUGUCCCGUCACUGAAGCAGGUCUUCGAGAAGCCAAAGUGUUACUUCCUGGAUCUGGUGAGAUCUGGUAUGAUGUCCACUCUGCGAAGGCGUACGAAGGAGGCAAGACGCUGAGUCUUCCUGUCACCCUGGACACAGUCCCUGUGUUCCAGCGUGGCGGCACGGUGGUCUGCAGGUCGACAGGAAGCGGCUCCUGUACGGCUGAUUUCCAGCAGCUGCCGCUCUCCGUCACCGUGGCGCUAAACUCCCAGCGUGCAGCUGACGGGGAGCUGUACCUGGACGACGGCCACUCCUUCAGCUACCGCGACAGACGGGCCUUCUGCCGGCGCAGGUUCAGCAUGCAGUCCGGCCGGCUGCUCUGCCGCCCUGCCGCCGAAGACGGAGCGUUUGACUGUGACGCUGUCGUGCGCUCGGUCGCCGUCCUGGGAGUCAGGACCAAACCGUCCGCUGUGACUGUGCACGUGUCAGGUGCUAGAGACACGCCUGCUGCAUUUCAGUACCUGGACACCUGCCGCUCGCUGACGGUGAGCAACCUGAACCUGAGAGUGGCGAUGGACUGGGACAUACAGAUCGCUGCCAACGUGUCCCUCCACUGAAUUAGUUGUUUCAGACGAGAGGAGGACAAUGGCAGGUUUUAUUAAUCAUCAAAAUUAUUUUUAAAUGGCAAAUGUAAUUACUUGACAGAGUUAAAUGAAGACUCGUCUAACGCUGCGGGUUCGACAUGCAGCGCUCCACAAUUCUGCUUUUAUUAUUUUACCCUCUUUUCUUUUGGAGCAUUUUAAAGAAAAGCCCUAAAACAUAUUGUCCAAUC